AUGCUUGUGGUGCUCUCUGGACGCCCGUAUCCCACUGACUGCGAUGGCAAUGGCCAACACAUCCUGCAGUGGGCGUCUGAGUGCCGCACCUCCGGCUGUAUAGAGAGCCUUCGGGACCCGCGCAUGGACGCCCCUCCCGGGGAUGCGGUGCUGCGCGUGGCUGAGCUGGCAGUGAGCUGCACCGUGGAGCGCACUGCAGGCCGCCCAAGCAUGGCGCUCAUCGCCACCCAGCUGCACGCCGUCCGGGAGGAGGUGGCGGGAAAAGAGGAGCUGCGAGAAGCACUCAAGGUAGACACGGAGGUGCAAGAGAUGAGGGAAGAUCCACCUGGGGAUCUUGACGAGGAGCUCAGGGAGAUUGGAGUGAUCCUCACAGGUCAAGACCGUUGUUGUUACAUACACAACCAGACUUUCCCUGUCUAUCCAGGGCACAGGCACAGCCACAGCCACAGCCACAGCCACAGCCACAGCCACAGCCACAGCCACAGCCACAGCCACAGCCACAUCUCCUCUCUUUCCAAGCCACAGCUGUCUCAGAAACCUCUUCUCUGCAGGGAUGCUGCUUUGGCACUCUGCACCACUCUCAACCACCUCUAA